AUGCCUUAUUUGAAUGGUGAACCUUUCGUUAAACGGCAGCCACCAAGUGAUCUCUCAUUAGACGAAGAGUUAUUUUUCCUGCCCACUACGUUGGAAGUUUUUCGUGACUACGAUGACUAUUUCGAACGUACAAUUCUUGUAAAUAGUCUAACAUGGACUUGUUCAGUGUGUAAUAGAGGACCUUCCACUUACAAAGAAGCACUGGCAUGUGAGCGUGGAGACUAUCGGCAAUUGAACGCCUUUGAUAAUGCUCUGGCUUCUGCAUUGCUGUAUAUUAUUGGAGGUGCACGGAAACGAAGGCUCCCAGAACUUGUUGAACUAAUAUGUGGAUUUGCAAGUAGUCGAUUUUUCGUUGGUGAAGAGAUUGAAUUUCAGACUGCAGAUUCGAAUGUUCGGUCUCUUGGUAUUAUUGAUCGUGUGGUCGUGUCACAGAGAAAAAGCCAGUUUGAGCAUAGUGGAUUAUCGAUGGAUCCAAAUGUUCAGAAGCCUGCCUUUCCUGAUGCAUUGAAACUUCAUUACUGUGUAAGGGAGCAUAAAAAGUCUGAUAAUGUAAACCGUAUCGCCUCAAGUGUUUUGGUACCUGGAUCUAUUAUUAAUCGUCGCAGUCGUAACGUACUGGCUAGGGAUCACAUUAAGUUCUUCAUUCGCCACACGUGCGAAUUAGAAACGGUGUUUUCACACCCAAAGUUUCGAUUUUGCAACGUUAUAAGUUACAUCCAACCUUGUUGGUCUGAACUGACGCCUGCUCUUCCAUCCUCAAUAAUUCGGACUGUGAGCAAUCUAACGAAGGAAUCCAGUCGCCCUAUAUGCCAAGGUUUUAAAGUUAUCGAUACCUAUACGGAUGAAUGGACCAGUCGAGGUCAAACGAAACCUUCUCCAAACGUUCCAUGUUCCGUUGCCAUUAAUCAUAACAUGGCUUCAUCAGGAGGAACAACCCGUACACAUACACUAAUGAGUGGUACACAUGCAAUGAAUGGUCCCUAUAAUCAGUCAUUACCGCAACCAGUUUUUGAUAUUUCACGUUCUUUAAAAGUUGAAAAAACUGAAUUAGAAAAGGAGUGGAGUAUGGUGCGUCGUCGUGAUGAUUUGGAAUUAUCGGAUUUAGUGCCAUUACCAGAAUUCACUAAGUUUCCUUCUUCACUUCCUCCGGAUGAUAUUGGCUCAGCUCUACAGUUACUAGAGUUUCUUCAUGUAUUUGGUCCACACAUUGGACUUGUUAUCCCACAAAUAGUUAAAUGUACAGAAGUGAUCGGUACGAAUUUAUCCCGUUCUACUCCUUCACUUACAUUAUCUACUUUGGAAAGUAGCCUUUUGGAAUCGGAUCCGUGUGGUCCUUUAGCCGAUUUCUUUAUAAGUAUGCUGUCUACUAUACGUAGGUUAGAACUGGACGCCAACUCUCGUCAACCAACUCCAAAUGCUUCGGCAGCAACAAUUGCUGCAGCGUCGGCUGUUGCUGCCGCUGAAGCUGGUUUUUCUGUGAAUACACAAGUCUCCCAUGUUUCUGGAAUUGGAAUUGAUAAUAAUUCACUUUAUGAUGAGGAUGCAGUCGGUCCUGAAGACAGUGCUGUCUUCCGUGUGCUACGGGAUGCCGGAGCUUCAACUCGUUUAUGUGAACUUAUUGGUAUACCAACCCAAGCAGCCACCAUUGCUGCCGGUAAAGCUGCUGUGGCUGCUUCUGUUGCGUUGAACACAACAGGUGGAACUGCUGUAAAAGAGGAUUCAUCAGGGAUUUCAUCUUCAGUAUUUCCAAAUGCAAUUAACCGAAGUUCUGUUACACGUGCUGCAACAACGGCAGUCAUUGCUGGGGCUACAUCUUUACCACCAUUGGAUCGUGCUGGUCUUUCUGAAGCACUUUGGUUACACAUAACUAGUGCAGCUGCAAAAGGUGGGGGCUGGCGUGGUCAGAUUUGGGGAGGUACUCGACUUCUGGAUGACCCUUCCGUUAUGCUGGCCAGAAACAAUUCAGCUUUAGUUGAAAAGCUUAAAAAAGUGUCGGUUUAUGAACUAACUCCACAUGAAAAGUUGAUCUUGCUUACUACUUUGAUGGAUGAGCUCUUGCUUCAACCUCAGAUUCGAGAACGUAUGGAAGAUAAUUACGAACGUGUGCGUUUGUUACGCAAUCAGUUGCGCACUAUACAAGCUGAUAGAACUGUAUUGAUCAACUGUGGUACUGGAAUUGAGGAAGAACAAGAUGUUUUGACACAUAUGAAGAAAAUAAACUCCACAAAUGAUGGCCGUGUUCAUUUCGCUCCUGUUGGUCUUAAAGGACGCUUGGGCAGAGGAAGAGGUCGUCCAGUGGGUUCUGGUCGUACACUAAGCCGCAAAAAUACGCAACUAGAUUCGACAGUCGCUCCGUUGGAGAAAUUUUUGUCAGAUGAGGAUUAUACGUUAAUCAAUCGAAAGGAACAUCGACCCAAUUCAGAUACUGGAACAACAACUUCUUGUAUCUCUUCCUCAUCUACAGCUAAUAUAUAUGAAAAAUUGACAGAUUCAUUAUUAGAGGAACAAAAGUUACUAGACUCUAUUACUCAGGUUUCGCGUGGUUGCUCAAUGAUACCUCUUGGUCAAGACAGAUUUUAUCGACAAUAUUGGCUAGUAAUGUCUGUACCAUGCAUACUGAUUGAGGAUUGCCCAUGUGUUGAUAAAAAUCCUUAUUAUACUCAUGUUACAAUUCGAAAUCGUCAAGUUGUAUAUACGUAUCCUGAACUUGCUAAACAAAUGGGUCUUAGUAGCUCUGAGGAGGCUGGUAGACAUUUGCGGGAAAUAAUCAAUUCUAUUAAGGAUAAUGAAUUAUUAGAUAGAGAGGAAAUAACAUUUCGUGUUGCCGCUUAUCUACCGCAUCAGUCUUUAUCAUCAUCAUCAUCAUUAUCAGGAGGUUUAUCAGUCGAACAACUGCGAACUCUUGUUAAACCGGAACGUGUCAGUGUCCAUGACUCUUCUUUACAUAAUGCCUGUCCUGCAGUUAAACAAUUAGCUAAGCUACGAUGUUAUCCAGGGAAGUCAUCUCUGUCCACAACUGUCUGGUCGAUUCUCAUACCCGAUAAGUACAGGGAAUUGUACCAAAAAAAGAUGCUUGAUUCAAAUAAUCAUACUAUCGUUUCUGAUUCAAACACAGAAGUUGUUACAUCUUCUUCCAUACGUGAUUGUUCUGAUACCCCUGUAAAAUUUGAAGAGUGUUAUAAUAACGUCAAUAACAAUUUUAGUGAUGAUAAUGAAUCGAAAUAUAAGACAGAUGUUUCUGACGAUAACAAAAAUUGGUCUUUGACAAAUGAUGAACUUGAUUUAAUGGUUGAACAAGCCAAAUGGACUAUUGAUUGUCUAGAAGCUUCAUUAAACCCUCGCGGUAUUCGUGAGUCUCGUCUUCGUAAAACGAUUGGUCAGUUGCGGCCUUUACUUAUUAAAGUACUUACCAUGUGUCCACCGGAAAUAAUUUGUGCAACGAACGAUAACUGUUCAACAGUAGUUGACAAGACAGCAAUUAGUACUCAAAUUGCAUCUGGAUCACUCGAACAUAUUGCUACCACUCCGGGAAAAUAUAAUUAUUCAGGUGGUAAAUCAACUCAUGCAGUCAUGUGUUCGUGGUUGGAAAUCGCUCUUGUUGGUAUAGGAUAUCGUCUUGGUCGUUUGGAUUUGAUUAAGCGUCUUUUGUUCAAUAAAGGCGGUAGUCUCACGGAAAAUUCAUCAAACACUGGAACCGAACUAUGUAAACAAGAUCUUAAAGAAUCUCUUCAAAACAAGGGUUCCGAUGAAGUGGAAAAUGAUGAGACUGUCUCUGUGUCAGUUGAAGAUUGUACUGACAGUUCUAUGAAACUUUCUGAGGCUCUAAAAACUCCACUAAAUUGUAGUCCUAUUAAUCCGGAUGUAAAGCGUCUUUCACAAAUAAUUUUAUCACUGGGCCAUGAUGUUAGUCCGAAAGGAGUUGCUGGACCACUGGCGAACGAUGAAAGGACUUUGCGUAGUGAACCUAUUAAUAUGUCAAUCAACAAACAAUCAACUGAUUUAGAAAAUAUAUUUUCAGAAAAUACUGUACCAUCUGAAGUACAUGAUUCAAAUACAACAGCCAAUUCUAAUAUGACCCAAUCAUAUAGAACUACUGGUUGGCAAAGAUGGUGUGUUAAUGUUGAACAGGCUAGUUCUACAGCACAGUUACAUUUAUUAGCACGUGCUCUUGAACGUGGAGCUCAUCGUGCUACCUUAGGUGGUAGAGGUGUGUCGUCUGCAAUUGCUAAUUAUGUCUCGCAACAUCCUUUACCCGCUCUAAAAUGUACUUCAUGUCGGGGUCCUCCAGAUGUUUUGACUGUAUCAACUGCAUCCGGCAAUCUGUCUGCAUUUUCUGUUUGCUCUGGUUGUGCUUGCCCCUAUCACCUGCAUUGUCUUCUUUCUUCAAGCAACCGACGAACUAGUACCCGACGAUCUCGAACUAAACAACUUGACAUUUCAGAUUCAAAUAGUCCAAAUAACAUUGAUUCAUCGUUUACUGGGUUUCUGAGCAAUUAUUCCUCUUUAUCCAGUGUUACAUCUGCUCGUCUUGAAGUGUUAGGUGGUAGUCUUAUAUUGUGUGGAUUUUGUCUUCGUUCAGCCGAGGCGUUAUUGUCAGGAGCAGACAAUCCUACAGGGCUUUUACAGUCGAACAAUGAAGCAUUUGAAUUAUCUACUACAUUAGUAUAUACAAACGAAGAUUAUCUGGGUACUAAUGAAAAUACUUCACUCCAAAAGAAGACAAAUCGAGUUGGGAGAAAACGUCGUUCUGUUGUUUUUGACGAGUCUGAUGAUCCUACGUCAUACGAUGGGAAUUCAGAUGAGAAAACUGAUCAUCCUCUUGAGAAUAUGGAGGAGCUAGAUCCUGAUAAAUCGACCGGAAAUCAGCAUACGGAAACAGGACACACAAAUAAUGUACAUGUAACUAGACGACGUGGAAGACCUGCUCGUCUUCAUCGUGUAUAUAGUAGUCGUGGUCGUGGUCGUCGUUCAACGAAAUUUCUGUCAGAGAAAGUUAGUCAUUGUGAUAAAACUGUUGAACCGAGCUUAGAAGUUACUUAUGCAUCUCCCGCAUCAGUAGAUAUGUCAUCGAUCAGUAAAUUGUGUGUUACUGUGGAUGUUCAUUAUGAUGAUGAAGUCGAACAGUUGCUUAGUCCUUUAGAUCAUCAAAGUAAAAAACUCAAAGGAGACUCCGGGUCUGUAAAUUCAGCUUUAACAACAAACAAAUCAUGUCCAACUGUUGAACCUGAGGGAAAUUGUCGCUUAAAACGUGCAUCUAUUAUUUUAGAUAAUUGUGUUUCACAAAUUACGAGUACCAAUGAUAGAGGACGUCGUUCUAGUCGUGGUCGUCCUCGAAAAUCUGAAGUUACUCACCCAACCCCUCACUCGAAGUUUGAUCAAGCUACUGCUGAAUGCUUCCUAUCAGAACUAUGUACGAUCAGUUCAGCACGUCCACUUCUCCGAUGUGGUCUUGGUCGAACUGUAGCUUUGAAUGAAUUAAAUCAAGCUAACGGUAAUUCAGAAGAUAGUUUCGUCGUUAAUUCCCUAUCUGAACGUUCUCGAGCAAGUCAUCGAACACGCUCAACAACAUCGGGUCAUUCUUCUGAGGAUCGUAGAUUAUAUGCUCUAGAUUUGGUCGGGUUACAAGAGAUUUUGGCUCGUGGAGAAUUACCUCAGGGACCAGGACAAGUAAUCUCUCAGCUGCGACUACUCCUAUCUCAUUGGCUGCGUAGCAAUCGUCCUGGUAGUCGUUUGCAUCAAUGUGCUUCAGAUUUACUAGAACAGAUGAAUAAAAAGUUGAAAGCGUUACAACAAUUGAAUAUACCCACUGUUAAUGAUAAUAUCAUUAAUAGUAACAAUAGCAACAGUAGUAAUACUGUUACUAAUUCUUUAAAUAACAGUAAUAAUAUUGACAGUGAGAAUCUAAGUCCUGUCAAUCACCACCAAUCACAACCAUUAUUCACUACUAGUCAUUGUGGAAAACGCAAACGGUAAUGAUGAUGAUUUUAUGUUAAUUGAAAUAUGCGG